AUGGUUUUAAGAUGCUACAAUAAUCCUGAUCUUCGAGAAUUGCUUGCUCCUGAUAGGAUUGAUGAUAACGAGAAUCAAAAGAAGAAUAAUGAUACAGAGCCGAUCAAGACUCCAAACGGAGAACAGAUCCCAAAUGGAACCAGUGCUUUACAGAAAGAUCAAAGUAAUCGUCCGAUCGAACCAACACUAGAAAGAAAAUCAAGCGAAGCACGACAUACUGUAGUGUCUCCAUUUGUUAUGAGUGGUAACCGCUCACGUCAGUAUAUAAUGGCUCGUCCUUUACAAGUCAUCCCACACGAUCCGUUCUAA